GAUUUGAUGGCAGAAAUGGGUCAUAAUUGUCGUAAAAUAAUUGAAACACGAUUAAGAAUUUUAGAGAAGGGGGGUACUGGUGCAAAGGCUACUGAUAAAUUUGAUAAACAGAAAAAACAAACAAAGUUUGAACUUAUUUCAACGAAACCGUUAUACAAUCCUUAUGCCGACAUUGCAAAUGAACCUGUGGAAGCGGGGCCAUCUGGUACAAAAGCAGAAGAAUCUGAAGAUAGUGAUGACAGCCAAAUGGAUGUCGAACCUGAAGAUUCAGACAAUGAGCCUCAAUCUAAAUCUGAAGGGAAGAAACCAGUUAAAAAGCCAGAAAUCAAUGCUUCAAGCCAAGGUCAGGUAGCAAUGGAAAUUGAACAAACUGAAGAAUCCGUUUCAA